AUGAGAGCCCCCGUCUUCUCUCUCCUGCUGCUGCUGCUGUCUAUUGCUUUCUUCAGCCCCAACCCAGAGGCUGCUGAAGGCCAGAGGGACCACAAACUGCCUGCAGAGAGGCAUCCCAGGGGCAGAAGGCAGGAGUGUCGGUGUGAAGAUAUCUUCCAGAACACUCAUGGAGGAAAGAGGGUACGGGUAGCCAAGCCACCUGCAAGACAGUGCCCGUGUGCCCGCCUUAAAUACAAAAGGAAAAAACCAGGCUUAGGGCACCAGAAGCACUGGAGACAAAGCUGUCUCAGGUUUCUGAAGCAGUGUCAGCUGCAGAAAAUUAACGUGCCUUUGUAAGAGCUUGGUCCCUUCUGAAGGUCAGCAAGAUCCAAGCUUGGGCUGAGAGACACGAAGCACCAGGCCCCACAAUCUCUAAUCACUCCCCAGGCCUUCAGCCUGACUCUGAACGUGGC